AUGGGUGCUGUAGCCUUCGGCAUAGGAAGUAUGAUAUAUUCAGGAUUGGAAUUCGGCCAGUAUUUUGAACUCGAAAGAGAUACGAAGUGUCACAAUGUUUUAUUGGCCCUCACUCCAGCGACAAGAAUGGCUUUUAUAUUUAUCCAAAUGUAUUUUAUAUUUCUUAAUAAUGAGCAAAUAAAAGUAUACAAGCAGAAACUAGCAGCUAGAUUUGGCCUCAUGCAUAUGAUUGGUACCAACCUAUCUGUUUGGUUGAAUGUUUUGGUUCAAGAAACUAAACAUGAAAUACUUACUUUUUACAAUCCAGAAAACAAUACGCUGAAAAUUUCUCACCGCAUUCCCCACAAGAGCAACGUAUUAGCUGGACAUGGGCCUCAUUUCGACCAUUAUCGUGCAGAAAAUCAAUCGCAUCAUAUAUCGACUAGAGGCUUAAAAGGUCCUCAUCAUUUAUACGAAUGUAGAAGGACUAACAUAAUAGGUUCCUUAGUUCAAGAUGCUUCACCAUUUCUAUUUCCAUGUACCAUAGAAUACAGCCUAAUCUGCGCAGCCAUUCUCUACGUGAUGUGGAAAAGCAUCUCAAAAUUACCACCUCCAGGUUCAGUGGCUGCUAAAUUAAAAUUAGCGGAGAUGAACAAAGUGAAAAGAAGUCCUCACCAUUAUUCCGUCGAUUGUGCUAGAGCUCACAAAGGUUUAUUUGUCGGAAUUCUAUUACUAGUACUGACUAUUAUAUCUUUGAUUUUGUUUUUUGUUCUAAUUUCUCGAGCCGAAUUUGUUGGAUUGGCUGUAAUCGAAGUUAAUAUUUGUGAAUUAGCCCUGUAUGGUUUAACAACUUUAGCGUCGAUUACAGGCAUGUGGCAAAUGAGAAAUUUAAAAUACAAUUCAAGCCAAAAUCUACAUUUAGACAAUAUACUUUUAAUAGGUGCUCAAACCGGUAUGUUUAUUUACAGUAUGUUUACCAUAAUAGGAGGCCAAUUUACCAUACAAAAGACUACAGUCUUGGUACUAAUAACAGCAGUAUGUUCUUUACUUCAAACUACAUGUCAAACAAUCUUUGUAUUAGAUGCUUCUCGAAGAACUUGUUAUACACCUGACCAGAUGAAAAAGAAACCUGGAAGACAAAUCGUCACUUUCCUACUUAUUACAAAUUUAGCAAUGUGGGCUAUUAAUACUUUAGAAAAAUCACGAGCGGAAUCUCAUCCUAUUCAACUACAUUUUUAUGGUUUGUGGGCUUGGACAAUUAUUACUCACGUUUCUAUGCCGCUAGCAAUAUUUUACAGAUUUCAUUCUACAGUGUGCUUAUGUGAAAUCUGGAAAAGAACCUAUAAAAUGAAACCUACAUAUCUAUAACUUUGAAAAGAUUGUGAUAUUAUAUAAUAAUAAAAUCUCAACCAUAUCGGAUUUUCACCAGUUGAAUAAAAAUGCAAACCAAUGAAAAAAUUACUAUUUACUAUGAGACACAUUAUCUGACACAUGUCAAUUAUCUCCUUUCUUUGAUAAGUUAAGAAAUUUGGUUUGUUUCGUACGUUUAGUAUGUCUAAAUCAUGUUCCAUAACAAACUGUAGUAAUGAUUCACCUUUUUCGUUGGUGUUUCUACUACUCCAGGUUAGAUGGU